AAUUAUGCCUUUCAACUUCACACGAUUAUACAUGCCUUAAACUGUCUCAGAUAUAUUUAAAUCACACAUGCGUUAUAGUUGUUCUGUAAACGUUUGUUGAAUAUUUAAUAAAAUGAGAAAACUACGGAUGUGUGACAGGUAUUUUUGUGACAAGUUUAAAAAAGCUGUUUUCAUUAUGAUAAUUUUACUACUAACGUAUUGGCAUCCUGAAUCAAGUAAAGACAGCAAUUCUUAUGUUUUUCUUCGUUAUAGAAAUGAGAGUAGCAUUGUUAAUCUAGAAAAACAGUAUGAUCUACGCGUCAUUGUUAUUGUUUAUGACAGGGCGCAUUCACUUCUCAGAUUGCUAAGAUCUCUAAAUGAUGCAGAAUAUUUUGCUGAAUCAAUCAAAGUUGAAGUUUGGAUUGAUAGAUCUGAAAAUGGCAUAAUCGAUGAAGCUACUGUGAAAACAGCGAGGGACUAUGUGUUUAAGCACGGAGACUACGACGUUAAUUUGCAUCCAUAUCACGUUGGAAUCUAUGGACAAUGGUUUACAACUUGGAAACCAAAUUUGAAUUCAUCAGAAAUUGCUGUUAUUUUAGAAGAUGACCUAGCUGUUUCAAAAUACUUUUGGAAAUAUCUAAAGCUCGUUCAUAAGACAUAUGAUAAGCACAUAAAUAUUAAUGGCUAUUCUUUACAAGGUAUGACAACAACAUUCGGUGUUGAAGAUGAACACAUUCUUCAAGGACCAACUUCGGAUUACGUUUAUCUUUUCCCGGUCGUUGGUGCUUGGGGAUUUUCACCGAACAAAAGAAAUUGGAAACAAUUUAUCGACUGGUAUAUCUUUGGAGAUGCCAAAUCAACAAUGCCUUAUAUUCCUGGACAUCUUGCAACAGUCUGGUUUAAAAACCUUAAAAAGAAAGGAAUACCACAUACGAUGUGGGAAAUCUGGCAUAUAUAUUAUGCUUUGCAACAUAAUGAAUACACACUUUAUUGUAACUAUCCAAAUCACACAGGAUUGACAACUAAUUGGAGGGAAAAGGGGUUACACUCAGCCGCAAGUGAAGGAACGUCAAACCCUGUUCUGACCGAGUGGAAGACAGAAUAUGAAAUUUUACCGAAGACACCAAUAUACUUAGAUGUUUCUGGAAGAAGAAUUGAGUCUAGAAUUGCUUCCUGGCUUUGACGAACUGUGACAGUGGGAAAUCAAAACUUAAUUUUAUUUCACAAACACUAAUCGGUUCUUUUAGUAAACUAUUUAAACUACUAUGCUUAUUUUUUUUUAAUUUUGAGAGAAAAUGUGGGAAAUUAUAUUAAACAGGUAUUUGCAUAAGGGUACACUUGAUUUUCGGUACAUUAUGAGUGGACCAGAUAAAACAGAACACAGCGAAAGCGGUGUCCGGUCAAAACGUGGUGCAAGCAGACCAAAUGUCAUCCGACAAAAUAAACAAUGAUUUUCUCUGAUAUUUAAGCAAUAUUCAAUUAACACUGGUUAAUCAAAGUAAAUAUGCUAUAAAAACAUUAAAGCAAGAAUAUUUAUGUCAAACUGGAUAUCAAUGAAGUCAGUGCGUGCUGUUAGUUAUAUUCCUUUAAAUACUUUGAGCAGCUAUUUACUGUUUUUACCACUUUGAUAUUCCUUUUUUUCCAUAUAGAUGUAGAAUAAGAUUGUUAACAAGUUGUGAAUGUAAAUACUCUUGAAUUGUCUAA